UCAAACGCGUCACGUGUUUUUUAUCGCAUAAAACCCACUGAAAUAAAUAUUCAGACACGCCACUGGCCGUGCAUAUCUUCAGCGUUCUUGCUCGCCUUUGCUGCUCGCGCUGUCACUCAAACUUAACCUAAAAAUACGCGGCCUUGUCUCAAUUUCGCACAUUUUUUAUUGUGAAAAGCCGAAAAAUCAAUGGUGGGUGGCAAGAGUGGCAUGUCUAAGAGAGAUUGGCGACCUUUUGUGUACGGCGGCCUCGCAUCGUGUGUUGCAGAGUUCGGAACGUUCCCCAUCGACACCUCGAAGACCAGGUUGCAGAUUCAGGGUCAAACGUUGGAUAAGAAUCAUGCCACACUCAAGUACAGGGGCAUGGUGGACUGUUUGUUGAAAAUCGGGAAACACGAAGGCUUCGCGGGGUUGUAUUCUGGUAUUUGGCCUGCGGUGCUGCGACAAGCCACUUAUGGAACUAUUAAGUUUGGUACUUACUAUUCUCUUAAGCAGAUAAUAGUUGAAUAUAAUGGGAGAGAGAGUGUCACCGUUAAUUUAUGCUGUGCUGUGAUAGCGGGGGCUGUGUCGAGUGCCAUCGCCACCCCCACUGAUGUUAUUAAAGUCCGGAUGCAAGUUCAGGGGAUUCAAGCCAAUGUUGGCCUGAUUGACUGCUUCAAGGACGUUUACACUCAUGAAGGAAUCUCAGGAUUGUGGAAAGGGGUCAGCCCUACCGCCCAAAGAGCUGCAGUGAUUGCCGCAGUUGAAUUGCCAGUAUACGAUUUUUGCAAAAGUCGGCUUAUUAACACAUUUGGUGAUAAUAUUGCAAAUCAUUUUAUGUCUAGUCUUUUUGCCAGUUUGGGAAGCGCGAUAGCUUCAACUCCAAUAGAUGUAGUGAGAACCAGGUUAAUGAACCAAAGAAAAUUAAAAACAAGUGGUGAUCUCUUACCCGCCCACAUUUACACAAGCACCGCCAACUGUUUUUACCAAACAUUCAAAAACGAAGGGUUUUGGGCAUUUUACAAAGGAUUCGUCCCUACUCUAUUCAGAAUGGGACCGUGGAAUAUAAUUUUCUUCAUAACUUAUGAACAGUUGAAGAAAUUGUAUUAAAAACACAUCAGCAUUUCUUUUAAGUAUUAAGACUAAAGGCAUUAUUUAUUUUUAAAUGUACAAAUGCACGCUACAAAAGUAUUUCAAAUAAAUAAUUACAAUCAA